AUGGUCAAACUCAGACAAGAGUUUGAGUCACUCAGCAAGUUGUGUGAGGCAGACUAUACAGAGCGCAAGGGCAGACAACGCAAACGCCUUCAGAACCUAGAGGCAUUCUUUGAGCAGUCCGCCAAGUCUGGACGAGAUCCCUAUCUGUACUUUGUCAAUCGUCUGGACAAGUGGACGAGUGGACUGGUAGUGAUCACUCUCACGCCAUCACUAUGUUCAAUCAUGGCUCAAUCAAUGGGCACGUGGACCAAGAGAUAUAGAUUGAUCACAGAUGUUCCAUCAUGUCUUCAAUCAAAUGACAACAACGACAGCAGUAGCAGUAGUUACAAACAAUGUUGCUUUGUCUCGCCACAUAUCAAGGGCGACAAGAUAAUCAACACAAAGGAUGGCACAAUCAACAAAGAAGGCACGCUCAGGAGCUUCAUUGGUCCCAAGCUUCAGCCAUCACCAUUCUAUCGAUAUGCAGUCGACAUCCCAUCCCCAGUCCAGGAGUCGGACACACCUGUCUCCUCCACGUCCACCGAGACAUCAACCCCAACGCCAACGCCAACAACAUCAACACCAACAACAUCAACAUCAAUAGAGGUGUCCACAAAGAAGUCAUGUGUGGAUUGUCGAGAGCGUGGAGUGGUCAAGCAGUUGGGUCAUCCAUUCGUUUCAUCAUUCUUGUUGUUUGGAAGCUCGCCACAGAAGGGAGAGAACAAGUUUGGUGCUCGUGAUGCAAGGACAAUGUACAAGUUGGUGGCCAUCGAUAAUAAGUCAUCAACAAGACGUGCAAUGUUUGAGGCGACAUUAUUAACAGGACGAACACAUCAACUACGUAUUCACUUCUCUGAGAGUGGAUUCCCUGUAGUUGGCGACCCUUAUUACAAUCCAAUCUUUAUCAAUAAGUUACUUCAAGAGAAGAACAACAAUAGCAGCAACGUUGUGGAGGUCAAGGAUGAUCAGACCCAGGCCGAGGCUCAAGACAUGAACAAGGACAUGGAUCAAGAUCAAGAAGAGGAAACAGGAGAGCACAACGAGAUGUUACUUCAAGCAUAUUAUCUCAAGUUCCUACAUCCAUCAACUCAAGAAUACAUGACAUUGAUGAUCGAGCCUCCUACAUCUUGGAAGUCAGCAAUGGAGAACAUGGAUUGA